UUCGCCAUGCGACCAUACCUAUUUCAGUAUUAAACAAUUACUUGUUGGUACAAUGGUUUCCCUAUCAGUUUAAUUAUUUGAGUUGGAUUAGUCUUUGGUACUCGAAACGGUUUAUUUUAGAUUUAAACAUAGGUAGACUAAGUAGUUACAAAAAUGGCAAAGCUAGACGGAGUCGGCUUAGGAUAUUCCUAUCACCUCCCCUCGGGAGGAUGGAUGCUAAGGAUGAGAAACGUCUUGUCGCAGUUUAGUGAUCUUUUUAGCGAGUUUGAUAAAUAUAUAGCACCGGCGUACCACCACGACAGGUGCGAAAGGUCGGUUUAUAUGAGACUGUACUCCAUGCAUAAAAGGGAGUUUGUUGUAGUUUUCAUAGCGUUUUUUGCGUGUUUUGGGUUAGGGUUGUUCAUAGGAGUGGCAGGUCCUCCAAUAACUACCACUACAGAAGUGGAUGGGAAAUCGUUGUUGACCAAAGACAACCACACGAAUGCUGUGGCAACAGGUCCUUUUAUUAUGAAAACGCCGCCCUUGACGACGUACUCCCAGCAGCUUUGGGUUAUCGCUAAACUAUCCACCCAAAACACAGACGACGAAUCUUUUGAUAAGAGUUUUUUGGUGGCGGUUACUAUAGAAGGGCUUGACCAACAACACAAGCCCGUGAGUAUUCUGGACAGUCACAAUACGCGAAAUAGGACCCGACACCUCAUGUGCGAGAACCAAAAUUGUGAUGAAUUCAUCGUAAUGCAUCUGGGUUAUUUAGACUACACCCACUACAUCGUUACUGUGAAUUUUUAUGGACUGGAAGCCUUCCACAGACGAUAUAACAUCAACCAGCUGACGUUCUUCUUUAAGACGUACAAUCCGGCCUUCACCCAAAUCGAAAUCGGCUUCAGGUUCAUAUUUUUGUCAGCAACCUUCCUCGUAACGUGCUGGUUCGCCUACUGCCUUCGCAAGUACGCCAUCUACGACUGGUCCAUCGAACAAAAGUGGAUGUCCCUCUUGUUGCCACUACUGUUAGGUUAUAACAAUCCCAUGUUCCCGAUGAUGUUCUUGGUGAACUCGUGGAUCCCGGGGAUGAUCGACGCGAUCGCACAAGCGACCUUCCUCUGCGCUUUGCUGCUGUUUUGGCUGUGCAUCUACCACGGACUGAGACAGAACGAACGACGAAUACUAACCUUCUACUUCCCGAAAGUCUUCAUAGUCGCCAUGUUGUGGUUCCCGGCGAUUAUUUUGGCCACGUGGCAGAAGUAUAGUGAACUACAAGACCCGACAUAUAACCACUCCGCCGACACGGCGAAUUUUUAUACACUGAAGGCGUUUUUCUUCAUUUUUGGGGUUGUAUAUCUUGUAUAUUUGAUACUUUUGAUACUGAGAGCCUAUACUGAAUUGAGGUCUAUGCCAUUUUUUGGACUGCGGCUGAAGUUUCUCACUUUAUUGAUGAUCGUAGUGAUUGUAAUCACGUGCGUUAUUACGGUGCUACGUUUCGGCGUCGGGGUGCUUGAGGAUGACUUCGUAGCGAGGUUAUCGACGCACUAUAAUAGUUCUGCCCAGUUCAUGUCUUUUUAUGGGCUGCUCAAUUUUUACAUUUAUACGAUGGCAUAUGUAUAUUCUCCCAUUAGCAAAGCUGUUCAUGAGUUUGAUAUUACGAAAGAUAAUCCUGCUUUUUCGAUGAUAAAUGAUUCUGAUGAGGAUGUCAUCUAUGGGUCAGACGAAGAAAGCAGAAGGCCUCUGAACAGAUCUAGAAACGAUGAUGAUAGUGAUUAAGUAAUAUUAGUUUUUUGUUUGGGCAGCCUUUUUUUGUAUUUAUUGUUGACUUUUGGUGUAUUUCUAUAUUUUUACUGUUUGAUGUGUCUACUUUAGAUAUUUAAUAAAAAUA